CCACGAGAGGGAAGGACCAAGGACUGGACCAGCCACGUGGCAAGGUCCCACUUGCAGGGAUUCGGAGAAUCUGGCCGUUGAUCUUUGCUGUCUACGGUCAAUAUCGCUUAAUAAUUCGUGUAAGUCGGACCUAGCCCACGCUCGGGGCGGAGAGGAGCCACGAGAGGAGCGGGAAGGUUUACCAUGGGAGGGGAGGGUGGUGGUGGAGAUCGGACAAUAGAUCAAGGGUGUCCGUCUGGAACAGCCACGAGAGGGAAGGACCAAGGACUGGACCUGGACCUGGACCUGGUCCGCAAGGACCAGUCGUUGGCACACGUAAGUGUUUUCGAAGAACCUCCGAAGGUGGUGGUCACGCAGCCCAAAGGGAUGUUGUGUCGGCUGGACGCUCGCUUUGCACUUGCGCUUCAACCCGACGCUGUCUUUGCAAUAGUCAUCGAUCCAAACAAUCGUCGCGUCUUCAAGAACAUCAAGGAGGUAAAGCUGUGGAACGUUCUGGAAGAUGACGGGAGUUGCACCGUCAUCGAGAGUGUGCAAGUUACGCGAUUCAAUUUCUGGUUCCUUUCCGGAGCCAUAUCUACGCAUCUUCACAUCGUCCAAGAUCGAAAGAAGCACCAGGUCGUUUCUCCUCCCUUAAUUAACCUCCCCUCUGUUCUCCAUUCCCAUCGCAUCUUCUAGCCGUCACGAAUCACCCCCUAAUACCCCUACUAAUACCUACUAAUAACCCUACUAAUAACCCUAGUAAUAACCCUACUUAUACGCCGAAUACCUCUUCUCCGUCUUCCCUCUCUCCUCCCCUUUCUCAACAUAUGGCAGCAUGCCACUUCACUUUGCUGAACAGAAAGGGGGCAAAGGGGAGGAGAGACGGGGUGGUCACCGUGUGUCCCCCCAUUCAUGCGUGAGGGUGUUGCCUUCGGUUUUUUCUUGGGCCCCCAUUCCUCAAGUGCAGCCUACCGACCGCCAUGGAGUCAUGUACUCAAGUUUCUAGAGUCUAGACCUUUUCUGUUUUCCCCAACCCUAGACACGUCGACAUGAGUGGAGCAGGAUUUCUGGUCAUGGAAACAAAUGCCAUGAUUAUGA